UAGAAACCGGAAGUGCAAGAAAAGGCGACAGCAAAACAUCAACAAAUUGAACCGAAUUAAUAAAAAAAUAAACCAUUGUGACUAAAAAUGGACAGUCAAAACUCAAAGUCUACGAGUAACGAUUCACGCUGCGUGUUUUUUAAUACAGAUUCAGAAGACUAUCGAUGCGUGGUGAUUUUAACAGUGAAACGAGCCACAGGAACCUUCUCCUUAGUAGGAUGUAUUUUCAUGCUCCUUGUGAUCUGGCUACUUCGCAGAUAUCACUCUUUGGCUCAGAAGAUGAUCCUCAGCCUGACUGUAGCUGCCUUCUUCGAUAGCGUAGCAUAUGUCAUGGGUGAUUCACAUCCAGAGGGAUCGCUUUGUGACUUCCAGGCCUGCUGGCUAACUUACUUUGACUGGAGUGCCUUGGCCUGGGUUUGCCUCAUCACAGUGAACCUGUACCUCAACCUGGUCCAAGAAAUCAGCACCAACAGAUAUGAGAAGUUGUACCAUUUGAUGGCGUGGGGGGUGCCUCUAGUCAUGGCCUCUUUGCCGCUGCUGAAGGGAUACUACGGCCCCGCGGGAGCUUGGUGCUGGAUCACAGACGAUCACGUAGCCUGGAGAUUUGGGAUGUAAGUAGACCCUUUCAGC